GGUGUGCAUCUGUGCCCCAGUCAUUGGUGUGCAUCUGUGCCCCAGUCAUUGGUGUGCAUCUGUGCUGAUUUCAUCUCCAAAGAUAUUUUGAUUAUUUUCCUGUUUUCCAAUUUUGUCGAUUUCUGGGUGAAAGUUCCCAUCAGCAGCUUUGAUCGUUGGCAGCCAGAGACAGAAAGGCAGCCAGCUGGGAAGUGGGAAGGAGUUACUGAAUUAUCACUGGAAAGUUUGAUUAAAUCUAACUGGUACUGUUCUUCCAAGUACAGUCUCUCUUUCAGCAGAGAUGCCUGUGCUCAGUGGAGAUGCAGACAGACCAAUUGCAGCUGAAGUUAUGACUGAAGUGGAGCAAGAUCCUUUUGGAAAUGGAGACCUGGGAAUGAAGCAACGUGAUCGUUCACAGGAAAAUUGGGUCACCGUUGGAGCAACAGUUCCCACCGGUUUUGAGAACACUGCUGCUGAGGAGGUCUUGGAAAAAAUUGGAUCUGAGUCCAGGAUCAGCAAGGAUCGAGGAAAGAUCUACUUUGAGGUCUCCACAGAUAAUCUAUUUCAGAUUCAUCUUUUGAGAUCUGUUGAUAAUCUAUUUGUUGUUAUCCAAGAGUUUCCCCAUUACCAGUUUGGUGAAACCAAGGAAAGUGUCCUGGAGGACUUCAGACAGUUGGCUCCCCAGCUUCUUUGGGACUGUCCCCUUAAAGUUUGGGAAUUGAACAACAGUCUGAAGAAAAGGAAGGGCCAACGCAGGAAAGGCAGCCGAGGAUGUGGCUUAGGUCCAGAAGCAUCACGUGAAACUGGUAAAAUUAAAGUUGGCCAACGGGAGCCUGCUCCCUCUGACCAAUCAGCUACUAAUGAUCCAGCACAUCUUGGGACAGGAUUGCCUAUUAUCCACUCUGGAGCAAGUGGCGAUCAGCCUGAUGAAAUUGAGGAGUCCAGCGAUGCAGUUGCUCCCGGGGUGGUGCUAAGUGACCAAGCAAAGAUUUCACCUGAGGGGCUUCAAUCUGACAAUGACUGUCGUCCAGCAGCGAGUGAGGAUGAAGGAAAGGGACUGCGUCGCUUCCGAGUCACCUGCAACAGAAGUGGGGAUAAGCACAACUUCACCUCAAUGGAGGCAGCCAGAGAAUUUGGUGGAGCAGUGCAGGAUUUCUUCAAGUGGAAGGCCGACAUGACCAAAUUUGAUGUGGAGAUCCUACUUAACAUUCAUGAUAAUGAAGUAGUGGUUGCUAUAGCCCUGACAGAGGAAAGUCUGCACAAGCGAAACAUAACACACUUUGGGCCUACAACUCUUCGAUCUACUUUAGCUUAUGGGAUGUUAAGGCUUUGUAAACCUCAGCCAACUGACAUCAUUGUUGAUCCAAUGUGUGGAACUGGAGCAAUACCAAUUGAGGGAGCAUUGGAGUUCUCACAGUGUUACUUCCUUGCUGGAGAUAACAACAUACUUGCUGUAAACAGAUCUGUGAAUAACAUCAACUCUCUACAGAAGAAGAGACUGGAGAAGGGAAGGGUUACCUGGGGCAUGCCACUGGAUGUUGUACAGUGGGACAUCUGUAACCUACCACUGAAGACCAGUUCUGUAGAUGUAAUUAUAUCAGAUAUGCCUUUUGGAAAGAGGAUAGGCUCGAGAAGGAAAAACUGGGACCUGUAUCCAGCCUGUCUACAGGAAAUGGGGCGUGUGUGCAGGCCAGAGACUGGCAGAGCAGCCCUCCUAACACAGGACAAGAAAUGCUUUGUAAAGGCCAUGUCAAGAAUGGGGCACCUCUGGAGGAAGUCGCACACUGUCUGGGUGAAUGUCGGAGGACUCCAUGCUGCUGUAUACUUGCUGAAACGCACCAGUCUUUCUCUUGACAGAUUAUUUCAGAGACCUCAAGAUUCUGCUACUAGUGAGGAAAUUCCCUGUAAAACAGGGGCAAAAGAAUAAAUGGAGCUUGGAGUCUGCACUCACAAGGGAAAACAUUUUGUUUGGGCUAAAAAUGAGCCUUGCUGCAAAAGAGGGGAUAUGUUGCUGUCAAGUUUUACAUCCAGGAAAUCAGAGUGAGGAGGAGAGGUGCACCCUCAUGCCAGUUAAUAUCGGGUAGCAUUUUCAGAUUUCUGAAGCCUUAUCUACUUGACUGAAGGAUGCAGGAUAAUUGUGUGCAGCAUUUUAAAAAAGCAAAUACCUGUGGGGAUUCACAUAGGGAGAGAGAGAAAUUUGCAUAAAUGACCAUCUCUUUAACACUGGAUAUCAACCUUUACCUCUAGGAACCAAAUGAGAGCACCCCUGAGUUCACUUUCAUGGUGUUUUGAAAUAGAUCUGUUGCUGGACUUUGACCAUUUUUCCACACAUCGGUUGUGAAUGUUAGUCAGAUGAACAGGGCCAAGGAAAAAUAUAGGACACUAACAAUGGGGAAAAUCUUUCCUUCAAGUGAACUACAACCAACAGACUGCAAACAUUCUAAACUUCAGUUCAAGAAUUUCCUGUUCUGUCUGUGUUUAAAACUAAAGAACGCUUGAUGAAAGUUCACAGCCAGUGUCAAAUAUUUAAUUUUUUGGGGUGGAUUUGUGGUAUUAUAAUAAGAGGCUAAAAGGUAAAUGUUUAUUCUCCUCCUCUUCUAUAUGUUUAGUCUCACCUCUGCUAAAUGAUUGAUUCUCUUCCUUCGUGGUUGAAGUUUUCAGCAAGAUUUCUUUUCCCUAUCUGCCAUGACCGCUUUAAAGUAAUGGGCUUUAAUAUCUUGCUUUAUAAAUGCAUUGCACUGUAAUGCGAGGCAAUAAUGUUCCCAGUUCAGUGCCUGGAUGCUGGUUUUAAUAGUUGCCUUCAUUGCCUCUGGAUUAUAGAGGUAAUGGAAGAUUAGUCACCAUUGCCACUGCUCGUCAGAGCAAGUGUAGAACUGUUGGUUGAUGUUUCUCCAUGAUUAAAUUGUUAUCGUUUCAGGAGAAUAGAACUAUAUUUGAUUUGAGCUUCACCAUUUUCUAGUGUAGAGUGAAACUCUCACUAGCCUUUAGAGUUAUAUUCACAUUCUAGUAUUUAUCUGGUGCUUUAACAUAUGAAAAUGAAAACUAGCUGACCACUUCACACUGUUUAUAGUGCAGUGACUGCUAAUGUAGACACCUCUUCAAUUUGGGGUAUCUUAUGUUGUUUGCUGUGUAAUGGGAAGCAGGACUGACGACUGGGAUACCUUCAGCUUGAUGAUUGAAGACUGACCUAAUUGUCCUUACCGCAGUUGCAUUAAGAUUAAAAUACAGUUAGCAGAAAUACACAGGCCUGGCAGCACCUUCUAGAAAGGGAAGCUGUUAAUGUUUCAGGUCAAACCUUUUCCACUAUUGUUUGCCUCUCAACAGAUGCUGCCUGAAAUAUGAGAGAAAUUCCAGCAUUUCCUGUUUUUAUUUCAGAUUUCUAAUGUCUGCGGUUUUUUUGGUUUUGUAUCAUUAAAUGUAACAUCGGUGAUAUUAAACUGAAGAGUUUUCCCAGUGCUUUGAUGCUCUGAGAGGAGUUCGUGGGAUUGCAGCUGAACUCAAAUGAUACAUUUUGUUAUAUUAGAAAAUUAUUUAAAUUUUACAAUAAAGUUUUGUUCUGA